AUGGUCGCCAACACUCUCAUUUACCACCCUGCGCUGGCGCACUGGGUGCGCUACGUUGCGACAACGGUCGGCCGCGACAAGCUCCUCCGCACACUCCAAUACUUCUCCCGCUUCUACGCGUGGUACCUGUACCGGACCAACAAGCCCCAGUCCGCGAUCGACCCCUACAAUGCCGUGAAGAAGCAGUUCGGCACGACGCGCAAGAUCAUGCGUAUCGGCAAAUUCCUCGAGCACCUCAAGGCCGCCGCCAUCGCCUUCGACAACAAGACCCCCGCCGACCCCGUCCUGCGCUACCUUGCUAUCGGUCGCCAGCUCGGCUACGCCAGCUACAUGACCCUCGACACCAUCACCGUCGUCGAUGCCAUCGGAUACCGGAAGCUGGCUUCCAUCAAGCGUCUGCAGGAUUCGGCCUACCGCUCGUGGGGCGCGGGAUUGAUUUUCAGCGUUGUUGCUGGAGUUUACACUCUUGUUCGUCUCCAGGAGAAGGAGAAGACUAUUGAUCGCAAGGAGGGUGAGGGCGUUGUUGAGGCGAAGAAGAUUGAAAAAGAGCGCUCUGCUGCUCGGAUACAGCUCCUCUCCGACGUGUGCGAUCUUGCCGCGCCGUUGUCUGCUGUCGGUAUUGUCAAACUCGACGAUGGCCUCGUCGGUAUCGCGGGUACCAUCAGCAGUUUGAUUGGUGUUUGGUCCCAGUGGCGCAAGACCGCCGUCCCCGUCUAA